CAGUUUGAAAGAAGGCGCACGACAGUGAGAAAGGAUAUUUAGUAUCUUCCCCAGGAGAUCUGGGUGCCAACGCCCAUUGCCCUCUUUAUCAGUCGACUUUUCCAGAGGCAAGGAUCCCACCAGCUCGCGGCUAGAGUAGGCCAACUCUAUGGUCAAAUUAACGUAGAAGGAUCGGCCUGAGCGUCUCUUUACGGAAGGGCCUGCAACCGCGCAUGCUCAGUAAGGGACGCAGGCAAGAUGGCGGAACCUGAGCCCAGAAAAAAGAUUCCUUUGGUCCCAGAGAACCUCCUAAAGAAGAGGAAAGCCUACCAAGCACUCAAAGCCACUCAGGCUAAGCAGGCGCUUUUGGAAAAGAGGAAGCAAAAGAAAGGGGGUCAACUCAAAUUUAGGCGGCUGGAAUCAUUUGUCCAUGAGUCCCAUCGGAUCGUCCGUGAUGUAGCUCGCCUCAGGCGCCUGGAUUCCAAGCCUGGGUGCUUUGUGCUAAAGGACACACAUCGUCUGGCUUUUGUGGUCCGUAUGGAAAGGAUUAAUGGAGUGAGUAGCCUGGUGACUAAAACAAUACAGGAGCUUCGUCUGAAGAAAAUGUAUAGUGGCGUAUUUGUUCAAAUGACUCCAGCUUCGUUAAAGAAACUUCGAACUAUAGAGCCUUAUGUAGCUUGGGGGUACCCUAACCUAAAAUCUGUCCGUGAACUCAUUCUGAAACGAGGACAAACCUGGAUAAAUAAUAAGAAAGUCUCCCUAACAGAUAAUACUCUGAUUGAGGAGUGUCUAGGGAAGUUCGGUAUCAUUUGCCUGGAAGAUAUCAUCCAUGAAAUCUGCUCAGUGGGAGAGCAUUUCUCUCAGGUCUCGAGGUUCUUGUGUCCUUUCCCCUUAUCUGUGGCCCGCCAUGCUGCCAAGAAUAGAGUGGGUUUUGUCAAGGAAAUGGGCAAACCUGGCUACCGAGGUGAAAGCAUCAAUCAGCUCAUUAGGCAGCUGAACUAGGCCCAGGAUCUCAGAAGAUUUCUCUCUCUUCCGAGUUUUUACCCAGUAUCUUCAAAGAAGAUUUCUUUUCUGCUGGAACUUCUCCAGGAACUGAUCAGAUGGGAAGAAAAGAGUGUUAUCUGUGUAGAAGGAACUUCUUCACCUUCUAUACUCUUCCUCAAGGAAGAAACCAUAUUGGUUUAUGCAGCUAGCUUCACCUUGGAUUAAAGUCUCAGGACCAGUGAAGAAGAGGAGUAAUACCUGCUGUUCCAGGAUUGGAAGCUAGAUUAAACCCAUCCCAGUUUUUCUGUGGUGGUCUCCCAUCCAGGAAGCAAUCAGCUGCUGGCCAUAUACCAUAUAUGAUUCUCUGAAGGUUGAAUGUUGGUGAAAUACUUUGUCACUCUGCUCUCCACUUGGAACAAGACAAUGGGACCUGAUCUGGGGUUUGAACUGACUUUCAAAUAUAAUAGGCCAUCAUCUCCUUGGAACUGCUGUUUUCCCCGAUCUGCUAUGACUCAUGAGGUCCUUCCUAGCAGUUAUGUUAGGUGGUUUCCCAUGCAUUAGCGCCACUCUGGUGCCACCACUGUACACCAAGGUCCCAUUCCUUCCUGCCAUUAAAGUAGAGCUACUGACUGUAGUCUGCCACUAACUUAGCCCUUUCUGUGUCGAUGUGGAUCAAAUUUAUACUGACUGCUUUUCAUUACCUUUAUUUUGUGGUCUUCCCUUGCCCCACAAUCUAAAGUAAUUAGCAACUCAUUGUUAAAGUAUCCCUAAGAGGUAGCAAUUAAUAAUAGCUGACAUAUGGGGCACUUUAAAGUUUGCAAAAUGCUAUACUUAUAUUGUCAUUUAACCCUCACAACAGCCCUAUGGAGUAAAUGCUCCUUGGUCCAUAUUAUACAAAAAGAAAUAUAUCUCAGAGAAUUUAACCUACCCAAGGACACACAGCUAGGAGAUUUCUAAGGUGGAAUUCAAACCCAGGUCUUACUGACCUUAAGUUCAGCACACCAUCUUGUACAACACACAUGAGCUAGAGGUGUUAGCCAAGAUUUCACAUAUGGUCUGAGUUACUAUUCCUACCUCUAGAUGGAUGUGGGAGGGAAGAAGAAACAGGUGUUUAUUAAUGGCCUACUAUGUGCUGAGCACUUUACCACUGUUAUCUUAUUGGAUCUUGUCUUGGGAACCACAAUAGGAACUUUCCCUUCUCUCUAGGCAGCUUUUUUUUUUUUUUUAGUGAGGCAGUUGGGGUUAAGUGACUUGCCCAGGGUCACACAGAUAGUAAGUGUUAAGUGUCUGAGGCUGGAUUUGAACUCAGGUCCUCCUGACUCCAGGGCCGGUGCUCUAUCCACUGCUCCACCUAGGCAGCUCUUAACCCCUUGAAUCCAUCUCACUUUUUCUGACACUAAUUAAUUUGCUGAGCAGAUGUCUUUGGCACUUGAGAAAGAUGAAGCAGCAUAAUUCUUAUCUAGGCUGCCACUUGGUGGCACGUUGUUUCUCUAUAAGAGUACCACCACAGGGGCGGCUAGGUGGCACAGUGGAUAAAGCACCGGCCCUGGAUUCAGGAGGACCUGAGUUCAAAUCCGAACUCAGACAUUUGACACUUAACAGCUGUGUGACCCUGGGCAAGUCACUUAACCCUCAUUGCCCUGAAAGAAAAGGAAAAAAAAGAAUACCACCACUUGCUUUUUUAUUCCCUUCUGAAACAUUUUCCUAGUUUUUCAAUGAAAAAAAAAAGCAGCAUUCUUGAAAUGUUGGAGACUGUUUUAAAGUCCCCUGGAAAACUGAAUAGGUUUGUGCUAAUUUUAGGGCCACCCAUGGUUUAACUUAGAAACUAGCCAAGGACUCCCUUUUCCCAGGUUACACUACUUGCUAAGAACUGUUACUGGUAUACUCAGGUUUCCUGUCUUUCCAAUGUCAACUUAAAGACCAUAUAAAAGCUGUUUAACUAGAAAUGUAAAAGGGUGUCAUUUGUACUACCAGUUACUGAAAUAUUUGCAAAUUAAAUUCUUCUGAAUUAU